AUGGCAACGCAGUUUUAUCUCACGUUACCGAGUAAUAGUUCGUUAUCGUAUUUUCCAAAUAAUACGGUAGCGAAUUUUAGAGUAAAAUUGGCUGAAACCAUUGUAUUGCCAGGACAAUGGGAAGUCGCAUUGACGGAACUGUAUUACCCACAUACGUGGAGCACGCUAAGACGUGGAGUGCAACAAACGUUUUUGUAUAAAAUUGGCACUAACCCUUAUCAAACUGUCGUGCUUAAAGAAACACAAUAUUCUUCUAUUGAUCAACUAACAAAAGCACUCAAUGCCGGCAUGUCAAAAGAAAUACAGACGAAAGUAAAGUUUAGUUAUAAUCACAAUUCUCGCAAAAUUUUGGUUGAUGUAAAACACGGCACAACUCUGUCGUUUACCGGCGAAUUAGUAACGGUCUUGGGGUUUGACCAGGACACUCCUAUUGAAAAGAAAACUUCGAGUCCCUAUGCUGCAGAUAUCAAUGGUGGAUUUUCCUCCAUGUAUGUUUACACGGAUAUCGUUGAUGCACAGUUUGUCGGCGAUGUGAAAGUGCCUUUACUACGAAUCGUUAAUAUCGAAGGGGAAUAUGGAAAAACCGUUCACGCAACUUUUCGUAAUUUGCAAUACGUACCGGUCAAAGUAAAUUCUUUUGAGACCAUUGAAGUCAAUAUAAAGAAUGACCAAAACGAAAACGUCUCAUUUGAGUUCGGGAAGUCAAUCGCAAAACUUCACUUUAGACAGAAGAGAUCUCAGUACUUUAUCUAA